AUGACGGUGACAUCAUAGAAAAGCAGUCCCCCUUUUCCUUUGGUCCAGAGCUGAUCUGCGGAGGAAACAGAGGGAUAUGCCCUGCCCAGGAGCAGCUCAUCUGAUCAUCUGAUCAUCUGACCUAUGCAUACCGAGAGGCUGUAAAUCGGGGACUUCCCCGUGUAUUUGGUGAGGAUGAGUAUGGAAGACUAUGACUACCUGUUCAAAAUAGUUCUCAUUGGAAAUGCAGGAGUGGGGAAAACCUGCCUUGUCCGGCGCUUCACUCAGGGCCUUUUUCCACCUGGACAGGGUGCUACAAUUGGAGUAGAUUUCAUGAUUAAAACCGUUGAAAUCAAAGGGGAGAAGGUCAAGCUACAAAUAUGGGACACAGCCGGGCAAGAGAGAUUUCGUUCUAUUACUCAGAGUUAUUACCGCAGUGCCAAUGCUCUCAUUCUUACAUAUGACAUUACCUGUGAGGACUCAUUCAGGUGCCUUCCUGAGUGGCUGAGGGAGAUUGAACAGUAUGCCAACAACCAAGUUGUGACUAUAUUAGUCGGUAAUAAAAUAGACCUGGCGGAUAAGAGAGAGGUGCAUCGACAGAGAGCUGAAGACUUUGCAGAGGCUCAGAGCAUGCUCUAUCUGGAGACCUCUGCUAAAGAGUCUGACAAUGUUGAGAAACUUUUCCUCGACUUGGCCUGUGAGCUUAUUCGAGAGGCCAAACAAAACAAGCUGGACAACAAUGAUACUGCCCCGAUGCCUGGUGAGGGUAAAACCAUCAGUUACUUGAGCUGCUGCAACGUCAAUUAGAGCCUUCUGGCUGUUGUAACUCAGUAUAAAUUGACAGCAGACAGCAGAUGGCUGAGCCUCUAUGCCUCUGUCCAUCUCUGGUGACAUCAAACCACCACUUAAGUCCUCUCAUUUAUAUCCAAUACCCAUGCCUUUUAAAAAACAA